AUGGAACGUCGGUGUAAUGCAUGCAAAGCAAUUACACCAUCAUACAAUGUUAAAGCUUGUCCAAGUUGUAGACAUGAAUUUCAUGGAAAUCACCAUCGUUCAGCAUCGUCCAAUGAUACAACUCACAAAGUGUCAUCGAAACAUGAGCCAAAGGAUCUGAGCAAAUCAGAAAACAAUAAAUCUUCACAAGGUGCAACUGCCAAUGAUUCACUGUCAGCUAAUAAUAAAUAUUUUAAUCAUCCAGGACCUUGUAGCUAUAAAAAUCUGUGUGCAGAAUUUCUCAAAACAUUGGAAUGGAAUGAAGAAUUAUUCGAUCGCAAAUUUAAUCGUUGUUACUGCUUGAAUUGUUAUUCAAAGUCGUCAAAGGAUAGUCUCAUAGAAGGUGGGUCACUUUAUGUGAUUCCACGUGGAUGGUGUAGAUUCGGCCUCCAUGUUGAUCCAUUACGAACCAAAGUUGAUCAUAUAUGGAAAGAUUGGAUCGUAACCUACCAUGGAACAACGGCAGAAGCAGCCCAAUCUGUUGUUACUCAUGGACAGUUUCUUGUUCCAGGUGAUAAACGCUUAGAUGGAAAGAAAAUUGCUAUAGGUGAAGGACAUAUUCCCGAAAAAUAUCAUAUUUAUACAUCACCGACUAUGGCUUAUUCUGGUCACCCGUGUUAUUGUCGUCCAAAACUAUUUCGAUCGAAUUUAACACAUAAAGUUUACAAUGCACGUGUUGCAAUUCAAUGUCGUCAGAAACCGGGAACAUUUAUGGUUCAGGGGGAAACAAUUGGUGCUGGUAACAAAAGAAUUUGUCAAAUAAUACCAAACAGUGAAGUGGAACUAUAUACAACAGUUCGUGCAUCAGUUGUACCUUACGGUUUAUUAAUACAUUUAUCUGAAACCACCUAA